AUGAACAGCGAAUUAAAGACAUCUUUUCCUAUACCCACAACCCAGGACCGUUCAACGCAAUAUGUUCAAAUUCGGCUCACAAAUGGUCAAGUGCACAAAUUUUUCUUUCAAGAUACCCGUUUGGGAUUGGGGCAGGGCAGGAAGAAAAUGGAGCAAGUGUUAGGCGAAGCAAAUAGUAACCAGUUCAAGGCAGCCAUGGUGAAAGAAAGAUCUGGUACAUGCUGCCCUAUUGACUGUCACGAUGUUGGCUGGCAUGACGACCACGUGCGUGAAGCCGCUCUAUAUGUGUUUCAUAAAAAGCUGAUGCAGGAAUUCGAAAUAGUCGGAGCAGACGCAUAG